UAUUUUCUAAUUAAAACCUACUUUUACUUAACACCUAAUUAUUAUCAUUAUAAAUAUUGUGCAUAAAAUAUAUGCUUACUUAUUUUCAGUUAAAUAUUCGCUGCUCCUACUGCUAUGAUUGUAAUGCAUCAAUUCAGAAUAACGUAGACAAUAUAGAGAUCAUUUCAAAUGAAGAAAAUGCUAGUUUCAACUUUUCCUCGUCCGAUUUUAUCAAAAUCCUUCAAACAACAGGGUUUAUAGAUAAAACAUUGAUGAUAAGAAAAGUAUUUGAAAACAUUAUAGUCCAAGGAAGAGUAAUCUUAGCUCCUCGCAAGUAUGGAAAAUCGACAAAUCUAACUAUGCUUAAAUACUUCUUAGAAAUUCAGGUAGAUUCUUUGGGAAACCCAAUUUCAAAAGCAGACUCUGAAACACCAAUAACAGAUACUAGUAAUUAUGAACUAUUUAGAAACCUUAAGAUAAAUAGGGAAACUAAGAUAAUGAAUCAGCACUUUGGAAAAUAUCCAGUUUUGUAUGCAAAGUUUAAAACAAAAGAUGAAAUAAGUUGUUAUUCAGAGGCUAUUGAUGAAGCUAAAGAAAUAAUUCACAAAUCCUUUGAAUUACAUAGUUAUUUAAAAAAAAGUACUAAAUUGAGUAAAAAACAGAGAGCUGUAAGUAAAUUUUGGUGUGACGGUACUAGAUAUAAAAUGGCUGUUUUUGAUGAUGUUUUAAUUGGUCUUAGAUCAUUGUGUAAAUUUUUAUCAAAGCAUUUUAAUAAACCGUGUUAUGUGCUUAUUGAUGAUCUCGACUCAUUUAUAGUAACAGAUACAGAUACUACAGCAGAUACUUUGGUUAAAGAGUAUACAUGUAUUUUUUCAUUUUUGAAGCAAUUUUUAUUAUUUUUAAAUAACAAAAAAUAUGUUUUUCAAGCUUUUAUGACUGGAAAAUCUUCCCUUGCUAUUCAUGGCAUACUUCCUGUAUGUAUAGAAAUGAAACAAUUCUAUAGCUGUCAUGAGUUUACUGAUUACUUUGGAUUAACUAAUGAUGAGUUAGAAUAUCUUUUUAGAAAACCAGAAUUUAUUAAUAUACAAAUAACAGUAAAAGAAGUAAAAGCUUAUUAUGGUGCUUAUAAUAAAUUUGCAGUAAAUGAAAAAAGAAAAAAUCAAAUAUAUUGUAUAUGGUCAAUUUUAAAUGCUCUAAAACGUAAAAAACUUGAUAACUAUUGGCGUGACUUUGGAACUUUUUUUCGUAACUUUUCAAAUAAACAUAUUAAAGCAAUAAUGCAAGACUUAGUGAUGACAGAAAAAGAUUUAGAUAUAACGUUAUUGAAUAUACAACAAUUUAUUGCUCGACCAAUCCCCCCUCUAAUUUUUAAAACAACUGAAGACAUCUAUUCUAAUAAAUUAUUAGAAUAUUUUUGCUAUAACAUGUUAGACUUAGGUUAUUUGACUUGCAAUAAAGCUCCAUUAGUGAUUCAAGUCUCAACAACUGAUAAAACAAAUUUUACAGCAAAUUUAAUAAUACCAAAUGAGGAAGUCAGGCAUGAUAUUAAAAAUAAAUUACUAUUGUUAUCUUAAAAACAUAUUUUGUUAUUUAAUCUAAUAAUAUAAGUACAUAUAUGUAAAUUCCUAUUUUAAAUAAUAUUUUGAUAUAUUUUCUAAGAUGUAUGAUAGAAAUCAUUUAACCCAAUAUGAUAAUUUUUUUUAUCCUAGUAAUUGUUAAGUAUCUUUUAAGAAAUCAAUAUUGUUUGUUAAAAUAAGUUUAUGUUAUAAUUUUUUUUUAUGGCCAGUGGCAUAACUGAGGGUCGGCAGACCCCGUGUUGCGGGGAGCCCAUAGUAAUUUGGGACCUUUGGUUAUAGGGUUAUAUUUGGUAAAACAAUAUAUUAGGGGCCCAUUUUUAACAUUUUUUAUUUUUGCGGGGGCCUCACUUUUUUUGUUCCUGCACUAUUCGUGGCUCAA